ACCAACCCACCGGAUUCUCUCCCCCGACGGUGUCGGAGGGACCGCCGCCGACCUCCUACCAGGUCACUGCUGCUGUUAUGGAGUUUCCACCAAGGAGAGAGAUCCCUGGUUCUCUUUUCUCUGCACUUUUGAAAGGUAACUUUCCCCAUACGCAUCAAUGGCCCAUAGAAGACUCUCUUCAGCCGAAAAGGAAGAGAGCUGAAGCAGCUCUAAAAGAAGAUGAAAAACACCAGCGACCAUCACCAGCUCAUUCUUCGGUCAACCAUCACCUUACUGAUAGAGGUGAGGUCUCUCGCCGAGGUUCGCCGCCUAGGGAACACUUCAAUCCAUCUUACUAUCCCCGUCAGCCAGAGAGGCAAAACCUUAGGAAAAAUGAAGUUCACGCUGGUAGCUCUUCUCGCCAUCCUUCCAAAAGAGCUAGAGAUAAUGUGAAAGAUAGAAUUAGUGGUGGCUACCACAGGGAUUCCUUGAACCACAAGAAAUCCCGCUACGAAACUCACAGCUACAGAGAGGGGAAUUUCCCAUCUUCCAGAAUCCAACGUGAUAACAUAAGAAGUGUGUAUCGGGAAGUCUCAAGGGGUACUCCAAAAUCCCCCUCCCCUGAUCGAAAUUACAAUGUGGAGAUGCAGAGAGAAUCUGGACUACGUUCCGGAAACAAUAAAAACUCCCUAAAGAACACACAAUGGAGAGAAAGAUCAAGCUCUUCGAAGAGUGUUCAUGAGACUCCUAAAAGGGGGGUUCCCCUUCGGAGCAGUUCCAACAGAUUGUGCAACAGGUCCCUCAAGAAGCUCUUCAAGGAGCAAUGGGAAAAGUUAGAGAUGUUAUGA